AUGACGUCAGCGGGUAAAAAGAGGCAAAUUGACCUGUCAAAUGUCGAGUUUGAAACUUCAGAAGAAGUUGAGGUUGUCCCAACUUUUGAUAAUAUGGGUUUGCGAGACGAACUCAUGCGUGGGAUAUACUCAUAUGGCUUCGAGAAACCCUCAGCAAUCCAGCAGCGAGCCAUAAAACAGAUAAUUAAGGGGCGUGAUGUUAUUGCCCAAGCGCAAUCCGGUACGGGCAAAACAGCGACGUUUAGUAUCAGUGUGUUACAGUGUCUGGAUGUAGCCGUGCGCGAGACACAAGCUCUUAUUCUUUCUCCUACUCGAGAGUUAGCAGUUCAAAUACAGAAGGUGGUGCUAGCUUUGGGAGAUUAUAUGAAUGUGCAAUGCCAUGCGUGUAUUGGUGGCACAAAUGUUGGAGAGGAUAUUCGUAAGCUUGAUUAUGGACAGCACGUUGUUUCUGGAACGCCUGGAAGAGUUUUUGACAUGAUUCGUCGAAGGAACUUACGUACACGAAGCAUAAGGAUGUUGGUACUUGAUGAAGCCGAUGAAAUGUUAAACAAGGGCUUCAAAGAGCAAAUAUAUGAUAUCUAUAGAUACCUUCCUCCCGGAGCACAGGUUGUGCUCCUCUCAGCUACGCUUCCGCACGAAAUUCUCGAGAUGACUAGCAAAUUUAUGAGUGAUCCUAUUCGUAUACUUGUAAAACGUGAUGAAUUGACACUCGAAGGUAUCAAACAGUUCUUUGUCGCUGUUGACCGUGAGGAAUGGAAAUUCGACACAUUAUGUGAUCUUUAUGAUACGCUGACUAUUACCCAGGCGGUUAUUUUCUGUAAUACUCGGAGGAAGGUUGAUUGGUUGGCGGAGAAACUCAAGGAAGCUAACUUCACAGUGUCCGCAAUGCAUGGUGAAAUGGAGCAAAAAGAGCGUGAUGCAAUUAUGAAAGAUUUUCGUAGUGGAUCAAGUCGUCUACUGAUUUCAACUGAUGUUUUUGCUCGUGGAUUGGAUAUUCCCCAAGUGUCGUUAGUGGUCAAUUACGAUUUGCCAAAUAACCGUGAACUUUACAUUCAUAGGAUCGGACGUUCUGGUCGUUUUGGAAGAAAAGGCGUAGCAAUAAAUUUUGUGAAAGCUGAUGACAUUAGGAUUUUGCGAGAUAUAGAACAAUACUAUGCAACUCAAAUCGAUGAAAUGCCGAUGAAUGUUGCGGAUCUGAUUUGA